AUGGCGUCCCUCGUUGCGGAGUCCCUUUCCAUCGGAAUGGGCAACGGCGUGGUGAUUGACAUGCCCAAGAACAAGCUCGUCAAUGGCGAGAUGGAACUGUCAGCACCAGUCCUGACAAAUGGGUUGAAUACCAAAACUCCAGCAAUCACCAAAACAAAGUCGAAACCGCCAUUGGUAACCCAGCCAGCAUAUACGCCGCGAAAACUACGCGUGAUAACCAUCGGAGCUGGGUUUUCGGGCAUGAUAUUUGCGCACAAACUGCGUUACGAACAUCCGGAGAUGGAAGAAAUCACCACAAACACCAUCUUCGAGUCACGCUCUGAGGUCGGCGGCACCUGGCUGGUCAACACAUACCCCGGAGUUCAAUGUGAUGUGCCUUCGCAUAUAUACGCCUUCCCCUUUGACCCUAAUCCAGAUUGGGAUUAUUUCUACUCAACCGGUGCUCAGAUCCAGGAGUAUUUUGUUCGGACUGUGCGCAAAUGGAACCUGGACCGCGACGUACAAUUCAAUACUCGCGUGGUAGGUCUAUACUGGCAAGAGGAAUCCGGACUGUGGAAAGUCAUGGUUGAGCACGCGGGCGUAACACGCGAGGAGUGGGCCGAUAUUGUGGUUUCGGGACAGGGGUUUCUGAAUGCAUGGAAUUGGCCUGACAUUCCGGGCCUAGAUGAUUUCGAGGGCCCAAAACUGCACUCAGCCGCCUGGGACCAUUCGAUUAAUCCCACGAACAAACGCAUAGCCGUGAUUGGCAAUGGCUCCUCGGGCAUCCAGAUUCUGCCCAAGUUGGCUGAAGCCGAGGGUGCCGAUGUGACCAGCUUCCAACGAGGACCUACAUGGAUUGUGUCGAGGAUGGAUCCCGGGAAACUUCUAGGGAAGCCCAAUAUUGGUUCGAACCCGGCCUACACAGAGACUGACAAGCGGAAUUUCCGCUUAGAUUCAGAAGCGCACCAUCAGUAUCGCAAGCAACUCAUCCAUAAUAUCAAUAAGGCGUUUAAGAUGUUUGUUAAAGGGUCCGUGGACAACGUCGAACAUAGCAAGUUUGCCAGCCGGCAGAUGGCUGAGAAACUGAAUCAUGACCCGGAUCUCUGUGAAAAGCUGAUUCCAAAGUGGGAGCUCGGUUGUCGACGAGUCACCCCUGGAGCGGGCUACUUGGAAGCAUUUCUUAAGCCCAACGUACACCUAACACAGAGCCCUAUCAUGAGAAUUACUAAAAACGCCAUCCUGACUGAAGAUGGCCAAACGCACCCAGUGGAUAUAGUGGUUUGCGCAACGGGCUUCGAUGUCUCGCACUGCCCUUCAUACCCGGUUAUUGGUCGAAAUAAAGUCAGCCUGGCAGAGAAAUGGGCGGACGAACCCGAGUCGUAUUUAUCUCUUGCCUGCCCCGACAUGCCGAACUAUUUUAUUUUUACGGGCCCUAAUGCAGUGGUCGGCCACGGCUCGCUGAUAGAAGGCCUGAGCUGGGCCUCGGACUACAUGAUUAAAUGGAUCAAGAAGAUGUCCUGCGAGGACAUCAAGUCCGUGGAGCCAAAACAAAGCACGGUGGACGACUUUAUUUCCUACGGAGACCAGAUUCACAGCACGCUAACCUGGACCGGCGCUUGUCGUAGCUGGUACAAGAAGAAUCGGACCGACGGGCGCGUGACAGCCACAUUUCCAGGAAGUGCUCUGGUAUUCCGCCGUAUGAUAUCCGAUAUCCGCGGCGAGGACUUUAACAUCGAAUAUCGAUCCAAGAACAAGUUUAGCUUUAUGGGCAAUGGGUUUACUACGUACGAGUUAGACGAUGACAACGAUUUAGCGUGGUAUGUCUCCUAG